AUGGGAAGUAGACCAGGAUCUAGAACUCGUUUCCGUGGUCGGAUUGCUUGUAUGCAGGUGUUUGAUGUGGCACUAACGGGACCUCAGAUGAACAAGCGACGUAAUGUUUGUUUCAGAGGUGCUCCCCCACCAGAGCCGCCUCCUCCAGAGUUACCGCCUCUUGUAGCCAUAUUCACUCUGGAUGGUGAAACAAAAACCAAAGAUAUCACUCGUAACAACCCGCCCGGUAUCCCAUCGCAUGUCCGUCCAGCACCUGGACCCGACGGAAAUCCCAAGGGAUCAACUCAGUUCUUCGGAUCGUCAAACAGUUAUAUCGAAUUCCCAAACAAUGGAAGGCUUGAUACCAGGCGUUCUAUGACCAUCUUGGCUUGGAUUUACCACAACGGGAGGUCUGGGCCUAUCUUCAAUUACGAUCGGCGUGGUUUCGGAGUUCAUCUAUGGAUGGUUGGACCCAGAGUACUUUUCGUUCGUUUUGUUAAACGCUCACGAGGGAGAACAUCUUCAGUGGCGACCUACUCUACAAAACCGCGUUAUAGAGCUUGGAACUACAUCGGAGCCACUUACGAUUACAACACCGGUGUCGCUACAUUAUGGCUGGACUCGAAACCUGUGGCGCGACAGAGCAUCGGCCGCUUCGAGCUAGCCACGAAUUAUCCAAUCAGGAUGGGUGCGCGAAUCGGCGAUAAAAGGGCUUUCCGCGGUAAAAUCUCCUGCGUGCAAGUGUAUAGUAUCGCUUUAAACGCGAAACAGAUACGUGGAGCACGGAAGCGGUGUUUCAAGAAAUGGCCCAUCACAAAGCCAACGCCUCCAGUCGUAACUCCUACACGUCCUCUGCCAGAAAUGUGUAAGAUUGGAAUAGACCUCGGGUUCCUUGUCGAUGGAUCUGGAAGCAUCGAAUACCAAGGUAAGGGAAACUUUGCUCGUAUACUAAACCUCAUUAAAUCGUUGGUCAGCUUCUUUGAAGUGUCUAAAGGAAAGUCACGAAUCGGUUUUGUGUUAUUCUCUUCUCGACCGAUCCCAAUUUUUGGGUUCCGACGUUAUUCGUCUAAAGUGCAAGUCCUUCGGGCGAUCGAUCAGGUUCGUUAUCCUCGAGGGGGCACGCGCAUCGGAAAAGCUUUACAUUUUACCCGAAACUACCUCUUCAAACGACGGAUACCUCGGAGGAGAAAGCAGGUGCUGGUGUUGAUCACUGAUGGUAUUUCACAAGACCGUGUUGGUCCAGCUGCAAGUCGCCUAAAGGCCACUGGCACUGAAGUGUUCGCAGUGGGUGUUGGAAAGAACUACAGGCGUAGACAGUUGCACCAGAUAGCUACAGAUCAGAAGCAUGUACUGACCACCUCAUUUAGCAUGCUAAUGACAAUUAUACCGGGCAUAAAGAACCAAGUGUGCCAGCGGCAAAAAGUUGUACCCACCGUCCGCCCUAUCAGCAAACCAACCACUACACAACGAGUGGAACUUCCCAGAACACUGGCUGUGUAUCCGCUGGACUACAUCAGGCGCGGACGAGACAUCAGUCGUAAUAGAAACCCAUCAGCCAGAUUUUAUGGUGUCACAUACAAACAAGGCCCUGAUGGCAGACGGGGCGGUUCUUCACAAUUUUACGGAAGAUCAAGUAGCUACGUGGAGAUUCCUAACAAAAGGAGACUAGACGCUAGAUAUUCCAUCACUGUCUGUAUUUGGGUAUAUCACGAGGGACGACGUGGUGUUAUACUUAACUACAAUCCAAACCGGAGAGGCUUCCAGCUGCGCAUGAUCAGUCCCAGAGUACUUCAAGUGAUAAUUGUUCGACGAAUAAGAAGGACAACAAUAACGGUACAGACAAGAGGAAGAGCUAUAAAUUACAGGGCUUGGAGCUACAUAGCUGUAACAUAUCACGAGCGAAGUCAAGUAGUGACCAUUUGGGUAAAUUCCAAACCAGUUGUUAGACGAACAAUUGGUAAAGUUCAGUUAGAAACCAGGAAGGCAAUCAGACUCGGUGGACAGAGAGGCAGCAGGGAGUACUUCCGUGGUCGUCUGUUUUGUCUUCAGUUGUACAGUGUGGCGCUAAACAGGAAGCAGAUUGAAGAGACUAAGAAACGAUGCUUCAGGAAAGUGCCCAUCACAACUCCAACUCCGACGCGUAAACCUACACCUGCUCCAAGAGUUUGCACAGCCCGUGUUGACCUCGGCUUCCUUAUUGAUGCGAGCAGCUCUGGAAGGAGAAACAUCCCCCGUAUCGUUCAGUUUUUGAGGGAGACUGUUCGCCGGUUUACCAUCACGAGUAGAGCGGCACGUAUAGGGGUGAUAACAUAUGCAUCUCGUCCCAGUCGAAUUAUUGGAUUUUCGAGAUACACUCGUGGUCAAAUUUAUAAUGCCUUUAGAAGAAUUGGUGUUGUUGGACGCGGAAGGUAUCUAGGUAGGGCAUUGGCAUAUACCAGACGUUACCUAUUUGGAGGAAAACCUCGGUGUGGGAGGCGAAGAGUUCUGAUUGUUGUGACGACGGGACAGUGGGUCGAUAGGGUAAAGAGACCAGCCGAGGCACUUAAGGGAGCUGGUGUGGAGAUAUUCACGAUUGGUAUUGGCAGCAUCAGAAGGACCAGUCUGUUACGAGUUACAACUGACACAAAGCAUGUAUUUAUGGUUGGGUAUACACAGCUUUUGUCCAUUGUAAAAACAUUAAAGGACAGGAUUUGUUACUCUCCUGUUAUUCGCCGUGGAGCAGUUGCAGUUUAUCAGCUCACCGGCGCCUCCAAGAACCGUGACACCAGUGGAUACGUCAACCCACCUGCCACAUUUGUAGGUGUUUACUACGCACGUGGCCCAGACAAUCAUCCACAAGGAGCCCUUUCCUUUAGAGGAACAAGAAACAGUUAUGUUUUGAUUCCCAAUAACGGCUGUCUGGACACAAGAUACUCACUUACAAUUAUCAUGUGGGUGUAUCCCGAGAGCAGUGGACCUUUGUUACAUUUUAAUCCAAAAGGCUGGGGUGUUCACGUGUGGAUCAUAAUGCCCUGUACAACUCCAACUCCGACACCCGCUCCCACACCAGCUCCUAGAAUUUGCACAGCCAGAGUUGAUCUCGGUUUCCUUAUCGACGCUACGAGUCGUGUGGGACGAAACAUCCAGCGAAUUGUUCAGUUUGUACGAGAAACUGUUCGUCGAUUUACCAUCUCAAGUAGAGCCGCGCGUAUUGGAGUAGCAGCGUACGCAUCUCGUCCUAAAAGAAUCAUCGGAUUUUCUGCAGCAUACAAUCGGCAACGAAUUUACAAAGCCGUCGCUGGAAUUCGGGUUCUUAGAGGCGGAGGGAGACUUGGACGAGCGUUGACCUAUACCAGAUUUAAUCUUUUCAGAGGAAAACCUCGUUGUGGAAAACGAAGAGUUCUUAUUGUUCUUACCGCGGGGCGGUGGAUUGACAGGGUGAAGAGACCAGCCGACACACUUAAGGGAGCUGGUGUGGAGAUAUUCACCAUUGGCAUCGGCAGCAUCAGUAGGACAAGGCUAGUACGGGUUACAACUGACACCAAGCAUGUAUUUGUGGUUGGGUAUAGACAGCUUUUGUCAAUUGCACGUGGCCCAGACAAGCAUCCACAAGGAGCCCUUUCCUUUAGAGGAACAAGAAACAGUUAUGUUUUGAUUCCCAAUAACGGCUGUCUGGACACAAGAUACUCACUUACAAUUAUCAUGUGGGUGUAUCCCGAGAGCAGUGGACCGUUGUUACAUUUUAAUCCAAAAGGCUGGGGUGUUCACGUGUGGAUCAUAAGUCAGUUCAGACUUUUCGCUCGGUUUGUACCUCGCUCACGCAAAUCUGUGACAGCUGUAUACAAAAAGAUAAAGCCACGCCAGUGGAACUACAUUGCUGCAUCUUACGAUCGACGAACGGGUCUGGCCACCCUGUGGCUAGACAGUCUCCCCAUCAUUCAACGCAGGAUUGGUACAUUUCGUCUUGGUCUUGCUACCAACUACCCCAUAGUGAUCGGAAGUAAACCUGGUGAUCGUCGCAAGUUCCGCGGGAGAAUUGCCUGUGUACAGAUGUAUAACUAUGCUAUGAGUGCUGCACAGAUUCGAAGUAAAAAGAAGCAAUGUUUCCGUGCAGUUGUGACCCCAUCGCCGACCAUUCCAACUAAAAAACCGAUACCGACAAAACCACCAGUUUGCCGCUUGAAAGUUGAUCUUGGGUUCCUCGUGGAUGGCUCUGGAAGCAUAGAAAAUCGAGGCAAAGGAAAUUUCAUGAACAUUCUCGAUUUUAUCAAGACUCUCAUUAGUUUCUUCCCUAUCUCUGCGGGCCAGACCCGGGUGGGUAUGGUAGUAUUCUCCACUCGACCAUACCCGAUAUUCCGUUUUAACCGAUAUUACACCUUGCCUAGCGUUAUUAAGGCAGUUGAUCGUGUGAGAUAUCCAUAUGGAGGAACAAAGCUGGGAAGAGCCCUCACUUAUGUUUCAAGGUACUUAUUCCCCCGAGGGAGAUCGAAAGGUAGAAAGCCAGUUCUUGUUAUCUUGACAGACGGGAUUUCGCAAGAUAAUGUAAUAGGUCCCGCCGAGAGAUUGAAACGGAAAGGAGUGGAAAUCUUCUCUUUGGGGAUUGGUCACAAGUUUAGAAGGCUUCAGCUGCAACAAAUGGCUUCCAGUCCUUUGCAUGUGUUCACAGCCGGGUUCAGGAGACUGAGCACUGUUCUUGGUGUAAUUAAGAACAAGGCCUGUACGCCCUAUGUGCCGCCGACAAAGCCUACGACACCUCCUGCUUGUAACCUAGCAAUUGAUAUUGGUUUUGUCCUGGACGCCUCUGGAAGAGUUGGAGAACACAACUUCAGGCGAAUAAAACAGUUCGUGGAACUCGUUUCCCGAUCAUUCUCGAUUUCUCGAAGCCGAGCACGUGUGGGAGUCAUCGUAUACGGUUCGUCUGCUCGAAUGCAAUUCGGACUCAAUUGGUACACGAAUCCACGCCGGCUAAACCGAGCCAUUAGGAGGAUCCGGUUUACCCGAGGAUCUAGACGCACGGGAAAGGCCUUACAGCUCGCAGUUGGAGCGCUUUUCAAACGCAGUCGAAGAAAGAGAGUCCUUAUAACGGUGAUGAGUGGGCCUUCGUACGAUAGCGUGAAGAUACCAAGUCUACAGAUACAUCGAGCUGGCAUUGAAGUGUUCGCUGUUGGUGUCACCACUCGCGUGAGGAACCAAGAGCUUAGGGCAAUAGCCACUGAUUCUCAUCAUAUUUACAUGGUCAAUUUUAAUUCGCUUUCCGGCAUCGUGAAAAGCAUAGUCAGAAAAGCGUGCAGAGCUCAAAUAACCACGCGGCCGACCAUACGACCAUCCACUCCAUCUCCAACGAGAAAACCAAGCUUUCCUCAACCCGUUGCUGUCUACACACUGGACAGCAAAACUGGCGCACGUGACAUCAGCCCGGGAAGAAACAUCCCAGGCAGAAGCUACAACGUUAGAUACGCUCCAGGCCCUUACGGCCAACCUGGCGAGUCCACGGAAUUCUUCGGCCGUCGCCACAGCUACAUCCGUUUCCCCAACUCGGGAAGACUGGAUACAAAGGACUCUAUAACGCUUCUCGCUUGGAUAUUCCCCAUAGGUCGUGGUCCGAUUUUUGAGUAUUUCCGAGGGAUACGGUUCUGGGUUGUCCGGUCUGACACCUUAUAUGUCCAGUUCAAACGAAGGAACGGGCGACCCACGAGAGCUUUGAUUAAACGGCGUCUUUACCCACGCCGCUGGAAUUACGUUGGUUGCACGUACAAUCAGCGAACAGGCAUUGCUACACUGUGGGUGGAUUCGAGACCUGUACUGACGCAGAACAUCAAACGAAUUAGAUUAGCGACGAAGACAACGGCGUACAUGGGUGGAACAUUCCGAGGGCGCAUUGCUUGUAUGCAGGUUUACUCUGAGGCAUUGAAUGGACCUCAGAUUAAAAAAGUCAAGAACCUUUGCAAUAAACCAGGUCCUCCAACCAAACCCACAAAGCCACGAAUAACUUUACCUCCAGCUAUGGCUUUCUAUCCCUUAAACGUACGAUUCAACACACGCGACGUCAGUGGAAGUAAAAACCCAUCAGGGCGCAUGGCAAAUGUGCGCCCUGGUGUGGGACCAGACGGAAGGCCUGGUGGCUCAUUUAGGUUGAAAGGUCGCUCUGACAGUUACAUCGAGUUCCCGAACAAAGGCCGAUUAGACGCUCGAAACUCUAUCUCAAUUCUGGCUUGGAUAAAUCCAGAUGGUCCUGUUGGACCCAUCUUUAAUUACAAGCCUGAUGGGUUUGGCGUACACUUAUGGAUGGUACGUCGCCGAGUGUUACUGGUUCGUUUCGUGACACGUACACGAAGGUUUACAGCAGCCGUGCAAACAAACCUUAUCAAGCCCAAGGCCUGGAAUUUCGUGACUGCUACUUAUAAUCAGCGUACGGGAUAUGCCCGAUUGUAUAUCGAUUACAGAGAAGUUGCCCGGAAAAGAAUCGGUAGGGUUCGACUGGCUACAAACUACCCUGCUCGAAUGGGUGCGCGGAUUGGGGAUAAGCGGUAUUUCCGUGGGCGGAUUACUUGCUUACAAAUCUAUGACGUACCUCUACAACCAGGACUGAUUCAAGUCGCUAAGAGGCUUUGUUUGAAAACAAGUAAGAAUAACGAAAGUUGUGUCUAA